GGCACCGGCUCUCUGCUGCUGGUUCUCCCACUGCGCCACGCCGGCCCGCGGAACGCCCGAGCCUGAGCCUGGGCCUCGGCGCUCGAAGCCGCGUGAACCCGCCGCGCCGGCGACCGCUGGUCGCCCAGCAACCGGAGGGAAGCCAACGGGCGGCGCCGACAGCGCGGACUUCAUCCAGUCAACGGGCGGCCUGCAGGGGACCGGUCGUCGGUCUGUGAGAGAGGGAGCAACCGCCUGUGAUUACUGUGAACGGGGGUCGUGCGGGAUGUCGAUGAGCGAAGACCGGGUUGUUGAGGGCUGCGGCAGCGCGGAGGCUCGGGAGUUCCACCAUCUCAAGCAGCGAGCGGCCGAGUAUUACCGGAGCAACGCGGUGCCACAGCGAAUGCAACAGGUGCUCAAUACCAUGUUUUAUGAGAAGCCCGACGAUGUUUACGGUCACCUGGUAUCAUCACUACCAAUCCUUGGUCACAGUAAUAUUCUAAAACAGGAGAAUGCUUUUGUCAUCUGCUGGGAUUGCAGAUACAAUACUGAAUUCAUAGACUAUAAUUUACAACAGGCAAAUUAUUUUGGGAGCUUUGCAAAUCCAGCUGCAGUAAGCAGAAUUAUUGGAAGAGAAAUACUGGAUAUAAACAGUCAAUCGACAGUAGAAGUGGAGGUAUUAUGUACUAUAAAGAAUUUUGAAAAGAGUGUAUGUUUUGCUGCAAUGUCUAACUGUUGUAGUGACCCUAACUAUACAACUCAAGGUACUGGUGCAAAUGAUAAUGAGCAAAAAAAUCAAUCUGUCAAGUUUGCUCUGGAAUGGAUCAAUGGACCACUGAACUCGAUGUUGAAAGGGCUUUUACCAGAGAACCAGACUCAUGUGGACAGACUACUAAGUGACUACUUUCGGAGAAAAGUGGAAGAAGAUGAAGAGCAAAGAAAUAAGGAUGAUGAAGAAGAGAAACCAACUGAGCCUGAACUACCCUCUCCAAUAGUCAGUGCUCCUGUUGGAGAUAAGAAAAAGAAAAGUCCUAAAGACAAAAGAAGUAAUGUUCCAGAAAAGACAAUCAAUCCCCGUUACCCACCAGAAGCAUUAUUUCCUGGCAGUGUAGCAAUUGGUGUGGUAUCACUGGCAAUGGCCAAGGCUGCAGCCAGACUACAGAAGACCCACUUGUAUUUAUACAUUGCUUCACUGAACCAAGCAGAGGAAUCCCCAAAGGAGAUGAGAAUGCCCCUUCCAUUAAUAAGUUUACUUGACUGUGGGAAGUCAUCUGGGGGGAAAUUAAGAUUGCUGAAAGAAGUGAUAGCAGUUCCUCAACCUAGUCUUGGUUACAAAAAGGCUCUCAAAAUGAUGAGAGAUCUUCAGCAAGAAAUAAGCAAGUGGAUGUUACCACCAAAACAUGGACCUGCAGUAAUGUCUCAUUUGGGUUGCUGGAAGAAAGGUUAUGAUCGUAUAGAACAAGCUUUUGAGGUGAUUCAGGAGGCUUGUACCACACUAGAAAUGACAUUGGGAGAGGACCUGCAUUUGAUGCUCAACUGUGGUGCACAUGAAUUAAUGGAUUAUGAAAAACAGAAAUAUGAAGUUAUAACUGGAGUAUUAAAACAUCCUGAUGAUAUCAUAGAGUUCUACACAAAGCUGAUAGAGCAAUAUCCAUCAAUUAUUGGUCUGAUAGAUCCUCUUCGGAAGGAGGAUGUUGAACAGUGGAAUAAACUAUGUAGUCUUCUUAGUCCCCGAUGUUAUAUCCUGGCUGAUGCAGCUUCAAGGUCAAUAGACAAGCUCCUAACAGAUGGCCUGGGUGCGAAUCAAUGCAGUGGUCUGGUAUUGAAACAUGCCAAUCAAACCACAAUUUCAAAUUUAAUUCAUGUUGCAAAAUUAUUGGAAGACAAUGAUUGCAGAUUUAUACCAGGUCUGACAGAAGAAGAUACCACUGACAACAGCCUAGCUGACAUAGCUGUUGGUCUAGGGGCCAGGUUCAUCAAACUGGGAGGUCUAUGUCAUGGAGAGCGGGUGGCAAAAUACAACCGUCUGCUGGCCAUUGAAGAAGAAUUGGCUCAGAGGGGAGCAUUGGGUCAAUCACCUCAACAUCAAUUUCCUGUCAUUCGUGAAGAAGAGAAAGAUCUUGAUCCAGAAAAGACGCAAUCUAAGCAACUAAGUUGAACUACAGGCAUAUUGUUUAGGGCUUGAAGCAGUAACCUCAUCGUCAAAAGAUUUUAUUUGAAGACAAGUGAAGAAUUGUCCCAAACUAAUGAUGACACAUAUGAGGUGAUUGUAGAAAUUACUUCAGCUGAUACUGCAGUUAAUAUUUUUAUACAUUCUUAAUAGUAAUCACCCAGUAUAUGAAGGCAAUGCUAAUUCACUACAAAAUACAAUAUUUUUAUAACUUUGUAAAACAGUUUAAAAUAGAGAAUUUUCCCUCUAUUAAACUGGAGGAGUUUCUGAGUGAAGUUCCAUUGUCAUUUCAUGUUGAAACCAAUUAGCAUUAAUUACCAUUGAUCAGGUUUUCAAGUACAUUUAAGACAAACAUAAGCCGAGUUUCUAGAAAGCAAUCUUGCAUGGUUUGUGUCAAUUCAGUAUAAUCAUAACCAAUUAAUGGUGACUUAAUAUCUUAAGUGUUUUAAGUGUCUUUGAUUGUGUAUACGUUAUAAAACUAUUCAUCUGCACAACUAUUUCAGUUACAUGAAACCCUUUAUCAUUAACUAAGUACCAGUUGCACAUUGCACUUGAUAGAUAAUCAUCAGAAAUCAAUGUUUGCAGCAAUAUAUGCAGGCUAAGAAUGAACUGUGAUUAGAAAAUGCGUUUCCAUAUUCUAAUAUCAUACACUUCAUUUAUUAUACUGAACAAGCAACAGAUCUUAUAGUUUUGCAUUCCCUAU